AUGGCUGAGACUACCAGUGACGAUAUUCAUACGCACCUGAAAUCGAGCAAAAGGUUCUACGAACAGAACAUCAUCUAUGGUCUCCAGCGUAUGAGUGUGGCCGACUUGCCAACCAAUGCCCUCUUCCAGGCCCUCUUAUCAGGGGCGAUGUUCGCUUUCAACGUCGGGUGCUUCGAGAGAGCAUGGACUUUUAACGCGGCAGCCUGUCGAGUGUAUGAAACUCUCCCACGCCGCGAUUCCUCCGUGAGGGUUUCAGAAGCAAUUCGUGCAGGCCAAUCAGACACACAGCAUGCCGUCGAGCUGUGCCAUAUUCUUGACAAAACCUUAUCCCAGAUCAUGGAUCGAGCACCAUCGCUUGGUCCGGGGCGUAUUCCGAAAACAACUGUUCCGCAGGAUUUCAUAGGUCCCGUUCAAGGCCUCUACAACCUGUUCUCUGGCAUGGCUGAAGUUCAGGAUGCGGUUGUUCGUGCUCUCCGGCAUCCAAAGAAUAGUAAUGGCUACUCGGAGCAAGUUGAAAACUUGGAGCGCACGGUGCAUGGGCUUAGGGGUGAUUUGGAAAAGGUCAAGAUUUCAAGUCUUGCCAAUGAUAAGGCAUCUCGCUAA